ACUCACAAGAGCAUGGAUAUUGUAUAUAUUUUUUUUUAAUUUCGUUUAUCUAGCUAUUAAUACGUAACAAGACUGUAGCAUACGGAUUAGAUACCCGGAAGUUUACACCUGUGUGUGUGUAUCUCAUAUAUUGGCUGUUCACAAGUCCUCUGUUUCGUCAUCAAUACCACGGGUUGGAAAAUGAAUAGGAAGCGCCGCAAUUACAAUGAUUUUCUUGAACCUAAGAAAAAACUGUUCAAAUCAAGCACUGGAGGGAAGGUGCUGCCCAAUUGCAUCGGUGUGUGGAGGUUUGGAGAGGGCGAUGUCUUUACUUCAGUCCCAAAGACGUGGAGUGUUGCGCAAUGCAUCUCUAGUCUUCGCAAAAAGUUGAAAGAAGAUGGCGACGAUACCGGUCAAGACCUUGACCUUUGGGUAAAAAAUAGGUGCAUCAUCUUGGAUAAGAAAAAGUUACUUUCUGACUAUCCCGGCCUGGCGAAGCUGUACUUGAUCCGAAGGCCUGAAUCUAGAGAUGCGCCCCAUAGGUACCGAACAUCGAAACGUGACGUCACAGACCCGUACAGUGACGACACGUGUGUAAUCAUGACAUGUAGCCAUGCCAUAUCACCAGAUAAUCUGUAUGCAUAUGCGUGGAAUAAAAUUAACAAUGGCGCCAUAGAUGUCACGUGCCCUGCCAUACCGGAUGUUAGCAGACCUAGCGAGCAGUGCGCGCACCUUUGGAAUUUCAAGGACAUCAGCAUUCGUGCUUGUCUGUCGAAUGACGAAAUCAACCUUUUCUUGUCCAAAAUGUUUUCAAAUUGGCUGGAAAAACAGAAAAAUGUUUAUCUAUGUCCAAACUGUGAUGAAGCUCAGCAAGAUACCUGUGACAGAAGCGUUAUAAAAUGUCGUUAUUGUAAACAUUCCUUCUGUGUGAAAUGCCAAGGGCCUGUAGGCUUCGCUCAAAACAUUUGUACAAACUCAGAAUGUCAACAAAGCCUUCCAAACGUAAGAAAUCUCCUUAGAAAUUGCUCCAUGCGGACUCUUGUUGAUGUUCCGAACUGUCCUUCCGUUCGCGCAUGCCCAGUGUGUAGUUGUGUCAUUGAGUUCGACGAGGAAGACAGCUGUAAACACAUGUCGUGUCCGCGGAACACGUGUCAGGCAAAAUUUUGUUUUAUUUGUCUGAAGGUGAAGACUGACACGUAUUACUGGCCGUGUGGGGGCGCUUAUGAACAAUGUGAUCCUGCAAAACGACAAAUUGUCUGAGAGAUACAGUCUUCACAGACGUUUUUCCACUUACACCUAAUAUGCAUGCGAUAUUUCCAGCCAAUAGCAUUAUCACCUUUCCACCUUCUAUAGAGAUAUAUUAUUUUAAAUGUUUCUGAAAUUCAAAAACUAAAUCAGUUGUGAUACCUCUUGUUUAAAAUCGUGUUUCCCCUUCACGAUUCCGUUGCUCAAGAGUUGGACCAGACCAUAAUUAUGAAAAUUGACUGACUGUGCAAUUAACUAAAUUGUACAACAUUGUGUUGAUGUCACGCUAGAGCCCUCGGGUUAGACAACACAAUAAAAUUAACCGUCGGAUUUUGUUUCGGCCACGUUGUGGAAUAGCAUACCAUCUGCUAUGAGAAAGUCAAAGACCCUGGCCAAAUUCAAGAAGGACAUAAAGACCUACCUUUGCAUGUCUGCAUUUUAGUCUCAUUGCACAGACGUCAUGUACAUGAGCAUAUUGAGAUAAUGAUCUUCCUAUUUAAUGUAUAACGGUGUUUUGUGUGCCUUAUUUGUUUGUCAGUUAUAACUAAUACAAUUAUCCAUAUCGUGUAAAGCGCUUUAGAGUUAUUUCACAUUUUAUAAAUAUGGUGCUAUAUAAAUGUUGUAUAUUAUUAUUAU